UAGAGAGAGGAGUUUUCGAGUUCUUCCGCAGCGCCAUCUAUACAAAAACAGCUCAAACUACUCAACGAUUUACCGACCCUGGCUGGGCUCACUGGCGCCCUCUAUCGGGAAAUGGCGGAAACUACUUGUCGAGUAGUUUCAGGUCUUUUCGUAUAGAUGGCGCAAUGGUCGAAUUGACUCUGCAUACCGACCUACCAUCGGGGUUCCAAGGACCCCGAAUGCAGCGACACUAGCGCCACCUAUCGGGAAAUCGCGGAAACUACUUGUCGAGUAGUUUCAGGUCUUUUCGUAUAGAUGGCGCAAUGGUCGAAUUGACUCUGCAUACCGACCUGCCAUCGGGGUUCCAAGGACCCCGAAGGCAGCGACACUGGCGCCACCUAUCGGGAAAUCGCUGAAACUACUUGUAGAGUAGUUUGAGCCGUUGUUGUAUAGAUGGCGCUGCGGAAGAACUCGGAUGACGUCAUACCCCCGCGACAUUUGAAUGGAUACUGACGCGCCACCGUACCCCGCGCCUAUUGCGCGCGUCUGAGAAAAUAUCUAACCUAAAUAACUGCGGUGCUACCUUCCUAUUAAAAUAUGUAAUAACUUUAUAUUAACAUUGCAAAACAUUAAUAAAUCAUAAAGAGCAAUUGGUAAAUAUAAAAGAUUCCAUAUCUGAAACUAUGUUAUUUAUUUAAAUUUAAUAUUUCUGUAAUAUAGUACGUAUCAAAAUAAAUAUUUGUAUACCUGUACAUAGUUCGCAUGCGUAAAUUUCAUAAGAUUUGUCUCCCUUCUUAAACGAAUACUUUUUAAUUUCAUGUAAGUUAAUCAGAAUGCUUAGACAAAUAUCAUUUAAAAAGGUAUUGCCUCGUUUACCAAGAUGUUGGUUAAACCAGUUCAAUCAAGCCUCAAAUGAUACAAAGAAAGAUGAGGAUAAUACGCAUGAUGCACUAAAUAUAAAAGAAUCUUCAAAAGAUCCUUCUCAAAAUGAAUAUAAUGAAAAGGAAGUAUCACGUUUGCUUGAAGAAUCUGUAACAUUCAGUGAAGUCAAAAAUAAAAGUUGGUCUACCAGUCCAUAUCCUGAGGAUAUUCCAUUGAAACAAGAUGAAAUUAAAAAGAAAGUUGACCCAAGAGAAAGAACUGUAUUUUUGUUUCCUGGACAAGGUACUAUUAAAGUUGGUACAAUUAAAAAAUAUAUACAAAUACCUCUUGCUAAGGAACUAUUUCAAAUAGCUAAUGAAAUUCUUGAUUACAAUCUGUUGAAACUUUGUUUGGAUGGUCCACAAGAAAAGCUAAACAGAACUGAGUACAAUCAGGCUGCUACAGUAAUUUCAUCUCUAGCAGCAUUAGAAAAAAUUCGUGAAGAAACACCUGAAGCAUUUGAAAAAUGUAUUGGUACAGCAGGAUACAGUGUAGGAGAAAUAACUUCUUUAAUUUUUUCUGGUGUUUUUUCAUUUGAGGAUGGAAUGAGAUUAGCAUGGGCUAGAGGAAGAGCAAUGCAAUUAGCUUCUGAUAGAGUACCUCAAGGAAUGUUGUCUGUAUUUUGUUUGCCAAGUGCUGAACUUUCAGAAGCCUGUAAAGCUGCAGAAGGAUGGGCAAGGGAUGUAGGUAUUGAGAAUCCAAUAUGCAGAACUGCUAUCUUUUUAUGUACACAAAGAAAAAUACUUGGGGGAAAUGCAGAAACAUUAAAAUAUAUUCAAAAGAACCAUACAAAGUAUGGUUUAACUAAUGUAAAUAAAUUGCCUGUAUCAGGAGCUUUUCACACACCACUGAUGGAACCAGCUUUGAAGCAGGUGUUCAUCACUUUAUCUGCAAUAGAAAUUAAUGAACCCAGAUGUCAAGUAUAUUCCAAUUAUAAAGCUGAACCCUAUAGAAACUUGAGAUAUCUAAAAAAAUAUGUAUUAAAACAAAUGGUUUCACCAGUCAGGUGGGAACAAUGUGUACAGAAAUUAUAUAGUAGACCUGAUGGAGUACCAUUUCCACAAACAUAUGAUGUAGGAUCAGAAGGACGAAUGAAAACUGUUUUAAAAUUAAUUAAUGCAAAAGCAUCUAAUUCAUGUAUUGUUGUCUGAUUUACUAUUAAAAAUUCGAUGAAACUGUA